UCACUGUCAAAUGUGAGCAUGUGUGAAAGCGCGUGCGAGCGAAGAAUCUGAGGUCUUCAGUCUCUUGUCUUCCCUACCAUAGCGACUAUGCUUCUCCGGCUCUCUGCCAGUUCCUUCCUUCACCAGAACCACUUCCGGGCGGCUUCCAUCUUCGGCCACCCAAUUCCAGGCAGGAAGAGCCACCGCAACCUCUCAUUCCCAUUGCCCAGAGCAGCCGCGGCAGGAAGAGGGAGCAUGUCCACCGCCGCUGCAACAACCCACGACCCGUCGUCGGUGGUGGAACACAUUGUGCUUUUCGACGUGAAGCCCGAGACGGAGACGGAGAAGGUGGAGGCAAUGCUUUCUGGGCUGAGGUCGCUCUCCUCCCUGGAGACCGUCCUCUACCUCACCGCCGGUCCCAUCCACCGGUUGAGGUCCUCAUCCCUCGGCUUCACCCACCUCCUCUACGGCCGCUACCCGACCAAGCAGGCCCUCGCCGACUACUCCGCCCACCCCUCCCAUGUCAAGGUCGUCCAGGAGCGCGUGCUGCCCAUCUCCCGGGACGUCAUGGCCGUCGACUGGGUCGCCGACCUUGAGGGAGGCCCCGCCAUCCCCUCCGCCACCGCCGCCUUCCGGCUGACGCUCGUCAAACCGAGGCCCGACCUGGAUGAGGCCUCGCAGAAGGAGAUUGGGCAGGUUCUCGAGGGGAUCAGGUGCUCGUUGCCUUCUUCUCUGCAGGUGAGCUUCGGGGAGAACUUCUCCCCUGCUAGAGCCAAGGGUUUCGGUUGGGGAUUGAUGUCCUUCUUCCCCGGGGUGGACGGCAUCAACGCCAUAGAUUCCGACGAGGAUCUGGUGAAGGCUCAGAAGGAGAAGGUCAAGGAUCUGGUGGACAGCGUCAUCGUCGUGGAUUACGAGUACCCUCAGCCGAUUCCGCCAUUGCCGCCUAGUCUGUGAGCAUAAAGAAGGGAUUGCCCUAAACUGUAGCUCUUCUUUUUAUCCCUGCGGGUAAUUCUGCAGUUUCGUUUCCCCUUCUGGUUAAAUUUCCGCUUGAACUGGCAGGAUCAGCGACGUGUUCCUUGCUUACUGGAAUAAGUAAAUUUUAAAUUGAAUGAAAUCGGACGAGUAGCCUUCUUGUCA